AUGGCUUGUGAAAAAACAUACGAAAGUUGCAAUUACUUUGGAGAUAUAUCUGGGGCUUAUAAGCUUAAUGAGAUUGAACAGGAACCAAUAGACUCAAUAAGCAAAAUUAAACUUAAAUUAGAAGAUAUCCAAGAAGCGCACAAUAGAAUUAAAAAUUACACAACUGUCACCCCAAUAAUUGAGGCUAAGUAUGUAGGGAAUCAUUUUUGCAAUGUGCUACUUAAAUGUGAAAACCUACAAAUUACCGGCAGUUUUAAAGCACGUGGUACAUUCAACGUCGUGACUUGUAUGACGACCGCGGAAAAAGGAAAAGGUUGCACCGUCGCAGGAGGAAGAAACUUUUUGAAUGCAAUGACUUACAGUGGAUUAAAAGAGUCCGUCCCUGUAAACGUUGUUGUACCAAAGGAUUGCUCCUUAGCAGACAGGCAGAAGUACAAAGAAAAUUACGCUGUGGUCAAAGUAUUUGGUAACGAUUCGAACGAGUCUAGUCUUCAUGCUUUGACUUAUUGUGAUGAAAUUGGCUCACAUUUCAUUCGAUGCUCUGACAGGUUGGACUUAUUAGCUGGAUAUGGGACAUUAGGGUUGGAGAUUCUUUCUCAGGUGGAUAAGUUAGAUGCUAUUAUAUGCCCUGUCGGCACAGGAGGCCUUAUCGCUAGCAUAUUAGUGGCAGUUAAAUCCUUAAAACCCCAAUGUUUGAUUUAUGGUGUUGAAAGUUCAGCGGCACCGACUAUGAGUAGAGCCUUGCAAGAGAAGAAACCAACGAUAAUUCUAGUGAAACCAACAAUUGCCGAAAGUAUUGCAGAUAAAAUAGCAAGCAACAAUGCUUUUCAUAUUAUAAAAAGAUAUUUAACUAAAAUGAUCACUGUUGAUGAUUUGUGGAUAUCAAGGGCUAUGGUUAAUUUAUUGGAGAGAGAAAAGAUAAUAGUGGAAGCAGCCGCAGCGACACCAAUUGCUGCCAUUAUGGCAGGGAAAGUGCCUGAAUUACGAGGAAAAAAUGUCGUGUGUGUGUUAACUGGUGGAAAUAUAAAAUUAUCUCGCCUGCCGCACAUCGUGGACCGCGGUUUGAUGGCUGAAGGGCGACUUGUUGGGUUUUCGAUCACUCUGCCAGAUGGGCCAGCUGAGAUCGCGCGUUUGCUUACUAAAGUGGUGGAUACUGGUGCGGAUGUAAGAAGUUUCGAACCAGAACGGUCUUGGAUAAAACGCGACGCUCUCAAUGUCACUGAAGAAACAAUGAUGGAACCGGAAAGGCCACACAUAUUAACAUUUAAUGAAAUAAAACAAGCGGCAGAGAGAAUUGAAGAUGGCAUUAUACAUACCCCUCUUUGUGAAGCAAAAAUAAGUAAAUACAUGGAUUAUAACAUUUAUUUGAAAUGUGAUAAUUUGCAAUAUACUGGAAGCUGCUCUGAAAGAGGUAUACGGAACGCCUUUGUCGCUCUUAACGAUGAAAUGUCUGAAAGAGGAGUGAUCGUACCAUCUAAUGGAAACAUGGCUCUGGGAGCUGCAUAUCAAGGACACUUGCUGAAUAUACCAGUGACAGCAAUACUUCCGGAGCGAUGUCCCCCGUCACUAUCGCAGCGCUGUGCUGAACUAGGGGCUCACGUGGUUUUAGUUGGUGAAACAGUUGAAGAUGCUGUUUCUUACGCCAACAAGACAAACCGGGAUGGAUCACAGAUUAUAUUAACUUCGGACGACCCGUUAGUAAUGGCUGGCCUGGGUACUGUUGGUGUGGAAAUCAUAACUCAAUUGCCAGAGACAGAUGCUGUUAUUGUACCUGUAGCGUCAGGCGGACUCCUUGCAGCGACGCUUGUAGCCUGCAAGAAACUAAAGUGCACCUGUCUUGUUUAUGGAGCAGAAUGCGCUAAAGUACCAAAAAUGAUGAAGGCCUUACAGUCAGGAUAUCCGGUUUCAUUGCCAGUUAUACCAAAUAUAGCACAAGGUUUGAGUUCUGCGGUUGUAGGGGAAAAUGCCUUCGCGACUAUCAGGGGUCGUUUGGAUAGAAUGUUAGUUGUCGACGAAGCCUACAUUGCUCGGGCCGUAAUAAACGUAUUAGAACGUGAGAGGCUUGUGGCGGACGGCGCCGGCGUGUGCGCCUUGGCUGCUGUCAUGCAAGGUCUAGUUCCAGAGUUGAGAGGAAAACGAGCUGUGUGCGUUAUAAGCGGAGGCAAUAUAGAUUCGGGACGUCUCUCCCGUACUAUUCAUCGCGGUCUGGGUGUGAGUGGGAGACUCAUGAGGUUUGCGGUGCCCGUGCCUGAUCACUGUAAGGGACUUGAAAUUCUAGCUGAAGCCAUCGCUGAUAAAAGAGCGGUCAUUAAGAGCUUUGGCACCGAACAGAUAUGGGUUCACAGUGAUAUCGGAUCUACUUGGGCAAAUGUUGUGGUUGAAACAGCAAACGAAGAAAAUGCUUUGGCACUCAAAGAACAUUUAAGAAACUUGUAUCCAACAAUCAAAUUUGCAGUUUUUGAGGUUGAUGAAAAACAUAAGAUGAGAUAA